AUGUCUGAUACUCGCAAGUCAAACAAGUCACCGCUUCAAUCGCUGGAUCCUCAGCCCAUCCGAACUCCGUCUCCCUCUCGGGACCGUGACCGAGAGCGAGACCGGCGGGAUCGUGCUUUUGAUCGAGGUCCAGAGAGAGCAAAGUCAUAUCCAGGCCCCGAAUCUCAAUAUGGACCUCAACCUUAUGGGCCUCAGAACUACAAUCCCCAGGAUUAUGCCAAUCAGAGCUAUAACCCUCAGAAUUACGACUCACCGGGCUACAACCAGCCUUACAACCCGCAGAACUACCCUCCCGUAUCGGGUCCUCAAACUGGCCCAGGCAACCUCCCGAUCCGUCCCGCCUCUGAAUCAUAUCUUCCCAACCAUGCCGGAGCCAUGGCUACUGCAUCAACCCAGCAAAUGGUCCCCGCCACAGCACCGAAUGACCUGCGAGAGUUACAAGCUCUUAGAGUGAACUGCCAGUUCAAUCUGCGCGAGUACAUGAGCCUGCAGCGUCAGCGACGAGGUGGCGAUUCUGCCGUCUCUGCUUAUGAGCUUGAGACCCGGAUUCGAAACCAGACCAACAUGGUUCUGAAUGAUCUGAGGAUCCUGCAGGGCGAGGUGCGCAGUAUCGCGAAAGAAGCCGAGAACCAUCGAUGGCGAAGAUGGAUCAUCGGAGGAGCUAUUGCUACGUUCAUUCCCUUCAUCCGCCGCUUCUGGCGACGAAACGACGAUGACGAGGAUUCUCACUCAUCAGCCAACGACACCGAGUACGCCUUCAAGAAGUCAAAGGGUCUUCUCGAGCACAUCAAGAACGGCAUACUUGGCAAAGGCCGCUUCGCCAAAUUGGCAUUCUUUGUAUUUGCCGUGCUCGUUGUGUUCUCUAAUGAAGUGUCUAUUCGAGUAGCUCGGACCGUGCAGAAGAGGCUUAAGAAGCUGACCGCGAGGAUUGAGCACGGCGAUCCGGAUAUCGAUGAGAAGGACAUGAAGCUCCUCGAGGGCUGGCGAUGGAGGGUUCUACUGUGGUAA